AUGGAUAAAUAUCAAAAUCAUAUUAUGAUACAAUGGAUCAUCAGGAUUAAAUAAUAUAUAUUGAAUAAGAGUAAACACAUUACAAUAAAAAAGCUAUUUAAUUUACAGAAUUAACAUAACUAGAAUUUUAUAAUCUUCUAAAAUCUGAUCAACUCAUCUAUGAGUAAAAAGCAGUCUUAAAGUUUAAAAGAUGAAAUUCUAUUUAAUUUGAUAUCUCUUUAAUACUUUAUUAAUCGACGCACUUAUGAACUUAUGAAAUUUUCAACAAUGUUUACAAGUCUUUGCAAUAAAAAUUAGCUUAGGACAAAAGUUUAAUUGUAAUUUUUGAGAGUUUAUACCUUAAAUAAGAAUAUUUCAAUUGAAAACAAAUGCAAUAAGAAAGUUUAAGAAAAAUUGGAUUUGAUUAUGGAAUCAUUAAGGAAGAUGUAAAUAAGGAUUUCUUAGUAAGAUUUGGAUAUAUAUAGACAAUUAAAUCAGAAUCAUAGUUAGUAGAUUGAUAUGAAUAAAGAAUAAAUGGACAUAUUACACCUUUAAAAGGUUUAUAAGAAUAUAUUUCAGUCAGGUGAAUAUAAUAAAUCAAAAUAUGCUUAAAAUUAGGAUGAAAUGUAAUUAGAAAUGAUGAAUAAAGUAAGUAGGAAGAAAUUGUAGGGAUUGACAAAAAUGAAGAGUUGA